AUGUCCCUGGACUAUUCUUAUUAUCAACCAACGACACCGCCGCGAAUGCAAUUGAUGGAGCUCAUUGGAGCCACCCACAGCCGCAAUGCGUCCGAUUCAUCCGUCUACUCCAAUGAUUCCUCACCGUGGUCGGCCAUGACCGCUGAAACCAGUCCGAGAGAAGCCUCUCCUCCCAGAUACCAGCACGGCCCUGCUCUGCUGCCGAAAAUCAGGUCGCAGGAUGUGGUGAUUGAGCCUGCACCCGCCCCUGGACCACAGCGCCAUCGUCGAGUUUUGUCCAAUACCCGGAACCCUCCAGGCUUCCUACCUUAUCCUCCCAGGCGUCCAGACCUUCAGCGGAAUGUCUUAGAAAUGGCCGAUUGUCUUCCUCUGGUGUCACCAGCUACAACCUCGCCCAUGUAUGGUUCUCACAACGGCUCCGCACUGUCGUCCCCUGUGAGCAUUACGCCGUCGCAUAAGCGCAAAGUUUCGGGCGCGCAUUCUCGAUCAGGUUCUGUUUCCAGUAUUGACGAAACGACCCUGAGUCGAUACGGCUAUCCGACCUAUCGGCAUCUUCCAAAGUACACCACGCAAGCGCACCCUUCGCCAUCCGCGCCAGUCACCCCUGUAACACCAAACAUUGUGGUCCACCGGUCAUACUCUCAGACCUCACCCAAUGACGGCACUCCGUCCCCGGUCCAGUGUCAGACUCAGACGCCACUUGUCCUUCCACCUUCCCCAUACGGGGGUACGCUCGAGUUCCGAUCGACUACCUUGCUGUCCUACCUGACUUCCUCCACGCAAGCGAUCAAUCUCGUUCGUAAUGUCAGUGUGGUUCCCACACGAGGAAUGCACGACUAUUUCUGGUGGGACAUUAGGAACCUGCGUAGCUGGACUUCGUUCACGCUUCAGACGUUUAACUCGAUCAACGGCCUCACCAAACUUCUGAGAACUGCAAUCUCCUCCGACUUGACUCCGCCUGUCGCGGUAGCCCCGUCUCGCCUGUCUCCGGACUCUGAAGCCGCGUUGGUUAAUCUUAUACGAGACAUCUAUGGACCGCGUGUCAAUGCCGCGCUCGCUGUAUCCCAAGGACCAGAGCAUCUAAAACUCUACCCGGCGCCUCACCUACGGGCUUCAAACAGCAAAAAUACAGGUGGACCACACUUCCUUGCCAACUAUGCAUCUGACACCGAACAAACCAGUUCCGGUAUGCCACGGGGCCGGCUCGUCGGUAUCGUGAAGAGCUUUGACCGCUGGAACACGGGCAUGCGCAACGAAGCGCCUCACCGGCGGGUGGAGUACCUCAACGGUCUGGCCCAUCUACAACGAUGCAUGCGAGAGCACUCAUGCCGGUACGGCUUCAUCAUCACCGAGAUUGAACUCGUUUGUGUUCGCGCGGGGUGCGACGAAGGGGACGAUGUGCCAUAUUUUGGGUUCCUGGAGGUAUCGGCACCAAUUCCGACUAACAUCGCCGUGAGCCCGGAAGAACUGGGACUGCAGCCACCUUCUUUUGCCCAGCCACAGUCACCCGAGGUUUCUCACGACUGUCAGUCAGCUGCAACAGAAUGCGACAACGCCUCAAGUUUGGCAGACGGUCUCAACGUCCCGAUGACUGCGAGCCUGGCCUUGUACUUCCUGCUGAUGCUGUCUAAAUCGGUGCCCUUGCCGUCGCAGCCCUCUGCUCACCUCAACGUGGGCGGACCUGGAGCACUGACCCGCCAGCGGAUUCUCCCAGAGGGCAAAGAUAAAUGGAUUCCGGAACCGCAGAUUGGAGAGAGACGAGAUGCGAAGCGAGUUCGAGGAUGGGUGUGGCCUCAAGACUCCUGGCAUCGCCGCGAGGGCGGAGGCGUGCCGCGCAACAGGGCAAAUGCAGCGGGGGAAUCGAAGCAGAAGAAAUGGCACAAGUAA